UAUAUAAGUAUUAUUUGUUGAUGUAUUAAACAUUGUUACAUGUCAAACAUUAACAUGAAGUUAAUUAUAAUUGUUACUUUUGUUUGUUUAUCGGUGAAGUGUAAUGCUAUUAGUUUGGACUACUAUUAUGCCGCUUCCGACUUCUAUAGGCCGGGUAAUGGUUCUGAAGAAGAUUUAAAACAGGUCCUUUCAUUUGUAGAACCGACUAAAGUACGAAUUAAUUUAUUUUAUGAGGUUUUUUGUCCACACUGCCGAUCAUUCGUCACAGAAACAUUCAGCCCAGUUUUAGAAAAACUAGGAAGAUACCUCGAUAUAUAUACUUAUCCCUAUGGUAAUGCUAAUACAGUUAAAAAGGAUAACAAAAUCUAUUUCACUUGCCAACAUGGACCUACUGAAUGCUACGGGAACAAGUUACAUGCAUGUGCGCUGGAUAUUGUGAAGUCCAAUACCCAAGCUUUGAAGUAUAAUAUUUGCAUGAUGAAGUAUUCUAACAGCAAUCAAGGUUCUGACGAUGACGCUGCUGACAAGUGUGGCAAAGCUCUGUUAAUCGACUCGACACCAAUAAAGAAAUGCGCUAAGGGUAUAAGAGGCACUGAACUUCUAAAAUACUGCGGCGAAGAAAGCAAAAAGGCAAAUUUCAAGCACGUACCACACAUUCUCAUAAAUGGUGUCAAAAAUGACGGAACACACUUUAUGCGUGAUGUUUGCGCAGCAUUUGCUGAAACCCCUACAGAAUGUCAGGAUAUUUUGUCAAUAAACUAAUAAAAAAAAACAAAUAU